GACGCUGGCGAUGGGGCUGGCGUGCGCUUCCCGCACCCGCUGUCCGGCGGCCGCAGCGCGAAGGCCGGCGCGCCGCACGGCUCAACUCCCGGGCAGCGGGGGGCGUUGGCGACGCCGCCGUCGCCGCCGAGCUUCCCGAGGGCUGCCGGCAGCGGCGCCUGGGCGCCAGCCCCAGCGCCGCCCGGGUCCGCGGGGCGUGUG